GUGAUGUGAACUAGUUUGCUGCUCCCUCUUCUUGCAUUUCUGCUUCUCUCUCUCUCUCUCUGUGGUUGAUUGAACAAUCAGAGAAAUUCGCUUUGGAAUGAGGUGUGCUAGAUUAGAUUGAUUGAGUAAUGAUGAAGUAGAAAAGGGCGGUGUUGAUUACUAGGUUUGCUUGUUGUGUCCUGCUUCGAGGGAUAGUUUGGUAGAAGAGGUUCUUCUUUUCUACUCCAUAGGUCCAGGGGAAGAAACAGCGAAAAAAGGAGAAAGAUGAGGACGCAAGGGGGGAUUACGUGAUAUUCAGAGACUGAGUUUCUAUUCAAUUUUGGCUAUUUAGGUCUUAUUUUAGGCACUGGAGUUACUCUUCCAUGUUUUGUUCCAAGUGAAAGACACCAGCUUUUAGUGUUGUAAGAAACAACUGGAAACUAAGAGAGGUCGUCAUAGAGUGAAGAGUUUGAUCUAUUAGUAUCAAGAUACUACUUUCUUUGCUUCAAUCAUGAAGGGGCCAAGCAGCUCAGAUUCUCUGGGUGCUUUGAUCUCCAUCUGCCCGUCUACAGAGGAGAGGAGUUCAGGAGCCAACAACCAUGUCUACCGGAGGGAUUUCCAGUCCAUGUUGGAUGGCUUGGACGAAGAAGACUGUUUAGAGGAAUCAGGUCCGGUCGCCGAGAAGAAAAGGCGAUUGACCGUGGAUCAGGUAAAGGCCUUGGAGAAGAAUUUCGAGGUCGAAAACAAGCUCGAACCAGAACGAAAGGUGAAACUAGCGCAAGAGCUAGGCCUGCAACCACGACAAGUCGCCGUUUGGUUUCAGAACCGGCGAGCUCGGUGGAAGACCAAGCAAUUGGAGAGAGAUUACAGCCUUCUCAAGUCCAAUUACGAUACUCUCAAGGACAAUUACAACGCUCUCCAGCGGGAGAAAGAAGCUCUACUUGUGGAGUUAGCAGAGCUCAAGUCAAAGCUCGGAGGAGAAAAUACAGAGAGCAACGUCUCAGUUAAAGAAGAGGUUAUGGUGUCAGAGUCCGAUAUGGUAGCUACUGUACAGAGUAAGAUCCCUGCCGCUGCGGUGGUCGGAGGUUCCGAGGCAACCGAACCAAACCAAGAAAGUUAUAACACCAGCAACACCAACAAUGCAAACAAUGAAGUGGGAGCUUCAAUUUUUCCGGAUUUCAAAGAUGGGUCAUCCGAUAGCGACUCCAGUGCGAUCUUAAACGAAGACAACAGCCCGAAUGCGGCAAUUUCUUCACCUGGGUUGUUUCAGCAACAUCAACUAUUGAUUUCACCGGCUUCAUCUUCCCUAAGAUUCAAUUACACCACUUCAUCAUCGCCUUCUACGAUGAAUUGUUUUCAGUUCUCGGAUUUGAGGACUAUUCCAACGUGUCCCCAGAAAGCGUAUCAGCACCCGUUAAUGAAGAUGGAAGAGCAUAACUUCUUUGGUGCCGAGGAGCCGUGCAAUUUCUUCUCCGAAGAUCAAGCUCCAACCCUUCAAUGGUACUGUCCUGAUCAGUGGAACUAAGCUGAAUCCAGAUCAGGAAACGAAGUAAAAAAAUGAAAAAUCAAAAUUUGAAAGAGAAAGAGCUCUGAUAAUUUUGUAAAAUGGUACUCUAUUUAACCUUUCAUAAGUCUCCAUUGUAUAAAACAAAAGUUGCAGAAUUGCAGAGCACGCACCAUA